GCACAUCACAAACAUAUUUGUUAGCCUUGUGGAUGCGAGUUUUUAAAAUUAACUCGCAGAUUGGACCCUGUCGCCUUGCAAGACUUUCUUGGGUUCUGAGGGUCAAAUGAGCAGCAGACCAUUUUCAGAAUAAAAACUUUUUUAUCCACUGCUGAAACUCCAAGCCGUCGCGUAUGUGACGUCAUCAAUGUUGGCGGUAGUUUGAAAAGAACGCGCUUGUUUUCGUUCACCAAAAACAUGACGGAGAUGAUGUGUGCCACACAGACUACAGUGCUAUCAGAAACUGCUCGUGGCGAGCUGUUGAACCAGUGUGAAGAACAGUUUACUCAGCUGGAAAAGGUUGUGUUCAAUUAUAAGCUCCAGAAUGAGAUUAUACUGAGUGAACAAGACUGUGGCGAGAACCCACAAGAUCAGUCUGUUCAUAGACUGAUGGCAACAGAAGCUGAACUCAAGCAGUGGGCCUCAAUGGAGCCAAAUCUUCUUUCUGAAAAUUCUGAGAUUCUUCUCCAGGCUGGGAAAGAAGAGAUGAUCAAGCUAUGUUCACAACUUGAGAUGAUUGUUCUUUGCUAUGAAGCAAAGAGAGACAAAUUAAAAGAAACUAAAGAGCUAGAGCAAAAGUGGCUUGAGGAGAAGAAACAAAUGUUGGAAGCUGCUGCAGAACAUGUUGAGCGGCUUCAAAUAGAGAGAGAGAAAUUAUCUGAGCACAGUAUCUUUAAAGACACUAAAGAUAAAAUUCAGAAGAUGAAGUUGUAUCAGGAAAGAUUAAUGGAGUCACUGGGUGAAAUUCUUGAGAAACAUGUUCCUCCUCCUCAGAAUGAGAACAAGACAAAGAAGCAUUCUGCACAGGAUGGUGACAUGGAGUUCAUUUCACUCAAUGAAAUUCUAGAGCUUCUCAUGAACAAAGUUCUGACAACACCACAUGAUCCUUAUGUGGACAUUGAUGCAACAUUUUGGCCUCCGUAUGUUGAGAUGCUCCUUCGGUAUGGCAUUGCAAUAAGGCACCAGGAAAAUAACUUCAAGAUUCGCCUGGAGCCCUUUUGCUGAGAUUUUUUGUCAUCUUUUGUAAAUUCUGUAAUAAUUAUACAAUAAUAUUUUGAUUUGUCAUUGAUGAUUUCCCUGUCUUCAAUGCACACAAUUAAAAAGUAUAUGUUUUGUUUUUAAUUUUCGCAAUCGCUAAAGGUGAAAUAAACUACAUAAUUACA